AUGGAGACUGAACAGGACCAGCAGACAACAUUCCUAGAUGUACCCACCGAACUCACAAAGGAUGGAGUCAUGUUUCAUUCGACCAGGGAACUAUUUCCUCAACUAAUAGCAUUGAUAAUAUUGUUCAGUAGCAGUCAAGCGGAGGAUUACUCAGAGCGAGAGGACAUUUAUUAUAAAUUACGUGAGCCUUAUUUCAGCAAGACGCAAGUAACUCGAAUAUAUUUGGGACGCGAUGCGAGUGGCUGUCUGUGUAAUGAGUACGACAAAAUAUUGACAAUCUGCUUUGGAAGGGAGUCUUGCACUACCCUACCUAUAGAACUGAAUGUUACAUCCGAAGAAGUGAGCAUUCUGCAAACUCUAAUCAGUCAUAUUGGGCCAGGAGAUUUGGAUAACAUACGCCAAGUGAAAAAACUAAGAAUCGAGGGAAAUUUCAACUUGUCCAGUAUCGCUCCUAGAGUUUUCGAAAACUUCGUCAAACUAGAAAAUCUGUCAAUAUCUUUCAAUUUAUUUUUGACUGCCCUCCAUGAAGACACUUUUGUGGGACUGAUAAAUCUGAGGCGUCUGUCUCUGAUCAAAAAUGGAUUCACGAACAUAAACUAUAUUACACACGCUCUUUCCACUAGCACCGUACCUGCGUUAACAGAACUAUCAAUCAAUGAGAACAAGUUUUCGAAUAUUAAGGAGAAGACCUUCGCUCCGUUGAACAACUCCAAGUUACAGGAACUGGAUUUGACAUUUUGUCAAGUCGAAUAUCUUCACCCAGACUCUUUGGUUUACUUAAAAAAGUUGAGAGUUUUACGGUUGGGAGAGAAUACUUUCAACCUCUCAACUCUGACGCAGUUCAUGAACAGUACUUUGAAAGCUGGAUUACCUUUGGAGAUACUAGAUCUACCUAGUACUGGCCUCAGAAAAACACUUCCAAAAGAUGUUUUGGAAAUAAUUGCAAAAUCGAACAUUACCGACUUGAAUCUAGGUAGGAACCAGUUCGAUUUCAUACCAUCUGGAGGAUUUCCUUGGAUGCCUAAUUUGAAGACAUUGGAUUUAACAGGAAUAAUGAUUGCAGACAUAGAAGAAGAUGCAUUUGCAAAUCUUCCGAAUCUACGAACCCUUCUUCUCGGAGAGAAUAAAUUGACGUGUCUGCCGGAAGGGGUGGUUUUGCCCGCAUUGAACAGGCUUGAUCUGCAGCGCAAUUCCAGGGAAAGCGGCUUGUUUCCCUUCGAUAUUUCCAACGGAGUCUUCUCAGAAAUGAAACAGCUACGAUAUCUGAAUUUGAAUUUUGAUGCAAUUUAUCAUUUAUCUAAUGACAGCUUCAUUGGGCUGGAAAACCUCGAGAUGUUGUAUCUGAAGAACUCUUCUGUGUUUCAUAUCCGAGCAGGAACAUUCAAGAACCUCAACAAACUGAGUUUUCUCAACCUCGAAAAUAAUCUGUUUGUUCGGAAUAACUACCCGAAUGGUAUGUACCCAGAUGUUUUUAUUGGACUCCACAAUUUGGAAGUACUACUUCUGGCUGGAAACGGCAUCACAUACUUCUCCUUAGAAGGGAAUCCCUUAGUUUACUUGAAAUCUCUGAAGUAUCUUGGGCUCGAGAAAAACUAUAUAGCAACCAUAAGUCCAACGCAGUUUGAUCCGCUGGUUUCGUUGAAAACCGUCAGUCUCUCCUACAACUCGAUUCGAUUUUGGGAAGAACCGAUUUUUCGAAAUAGUUCGCGACUAAGAAGCUUGAUUCUGGAUCAUAAUAAGAUCUCCCGCAUUACACCUGCAAUGAUGGGGGAUUUUUCUAAUUUGACAGAGCUCAACUUGUCUUUCAAUUCGAUCAUAUGCGAUUGCAUGUAUUUCUUGUACUUCCAUAACUGGCUUGAGGAGAUGCAGUCAACCAGUUUAUUGAAGAUUCUCAGCGUAGCAGAAGCAAGUUGCAUAAAUCCUUACCGAAACCAGACAGUGUACGCCAUAGCAGAGUACUUGGAGGCUGCUCAGAAUGGGACUAUUUACUGUGAUACAGAAAAACUAUAUGUGAAGAUCUUGCCCUUUGGGAUUCUAUUUUUAGUGUUUGCUUUGUCAGCUGUACUGGCAUAUUACUACAGGUGGCAUUUGAAAUAUUGGAUGUUUUUGACAAAAUUAUACCUCAGUAGGAAAGGUAGAAUCAAACGUUCAUCUUCUAACAGUGUCACAGAAUACAGGUACGACGUUUUUGUAUCGUACAGUAAUGAGGACCGCAACUUUGUGAUAAGACUCGUAACGAUGUUGGAAAACUAUGAACCGUUUCUCAAAUUAUGCGUGUAUGAAAGAGAUUUCCAAAUAGGCUCGUUCAUAUCUGAAUCCGUUCUAGAUUGUGUAACAAAUAGUAGAAAAGUUUUGCUCGUAGUCAGCAAUCACUACGUGAAGUCUCAUUGGUGCAGAUGGGAAAGCCAUAUUGCAGAACAUCACAGACUCUAUUUUGGAGAUCAAACGAGCGAAUAUGUAGACGAUGCCUUGGUUCUCAUAAAACUAGGCCCCAUCGAUAAAGGUAACCUCACACCAAUGCUGAAGUACCUUUUGAAAACCAAAAUAUAUUUGGGGUGGGAUGCAGAUGAGAAGAAACAGGGAGUAUUUUGGAAAAAGUUGAGAGACACUCUCGCUCCCCCUCCCUCUGUUAUUGAAACAACACAUAUGCCACCGCUUCUAGAGCGCCUUGAAAAUGUAUCUGCAGUGCUUGUGUUCUGUCCUUCAAUAAAUGUUAAUGUUCAUUGUACUGCGUACAAUAGGCAACAUUUCAAACUUUUCAAUAUAGCGAAGUCGGAAUUAGUGAUGUUUCAUCUGGGUUUGAGAAUACUUCCCCAACUGAUAUCAUUGAUACUACUGCUCCAUUCGUUCCAAACGAAGGAUUUUUCUGAGCGAGAGGACAUCUACAAUAAACUGCGAAAACCGUACUCUAGCAAGGGACAAGUGAAUAGAAUUCAUUUGGGAAGAGACGGAAGUGGCUGCAUAUGUAAUGAAUACGAAAGAAUACUGACAAUUUGCUUGGGUAGAGAAUCAUGCACUACAUUGCCCAUAGAUUUGAACAUCACUACUAAGGAAGUGAGUAUAGUGCAGACUCAAAUCAGUCAUAUUGGACCAGGAGAUUUGGAUAGUAUGCACCAAGUACAAAAGUUGAGAAUUGAAGGAAAUUUCAAUUUAUCCAGCAUUUCUCCGAGAGUAUUUGAAAAGUUCACCAGUUUGGAAAACUUGUCCAUUUCCUUCAAUAUCCUGUUGAAUAGUCUACAUGAAGAUACUUUUGUAGGGCUAGUGAACCUGAAACGAUUAUCGCUGAUCAAAAAUGGAUUCACAGAUAUCAACUACGUAACACGCGCUCUCUCCACAUUGACUGUUCCAAAGCUAAUAGAACUAUCAGUCAACGAAAACAAGUUUUUGAACAUCAAUGAGGACAGCUUUGCACCUUUGAAUAAUUCCAAGCUGAAGGAACUUGAUCUAACGUUUUGUCAAGUCGAAUAUCUUCACCCGGAUUCUUUGAUUUACUUAAGGAACUUAGAAGUAUUAAGAGUGGGUGAGAAUAGUUUCAAUGUCUCAACUUUAGCGGAUUUUAUGAACAGAACUGUAGCAUCUGGAUUACCUCUAAGGCUGCUGCAUCUCAACAAUGCAGGUUUCAGAAAGUCACUUCCGAAACAGGUACUGGAAGUUGUUGCACUUUCAAAUAUUACUGACCUGAAUUUAGCCAACAAUCAGUUUGAUCAAAUACCAGCUGAGGCGUUUCCUUUGAUGCCUAAUUUGAGAACGCUGGAUAUAUCAGGAGUAAUGGUUGGUGAACUCCACAGUGCUGCAUUCGCCAACUUGCCUAAUCUUCGCACUCUUCUCCUGGGAGAAAAUAAAUUGACGUGUUUACCAGAGGGAGUCAUCUUGCCUUCACUGGAGAUAUUAGAUUUGCAGCACAAUCCCAGAGAUGCAGGAAUUUUCCCUUUCGAUAUUUCAAAUGGAGUAUUUUCGAAUAUGAAACAGCUACGAACUUUGAACUUGAACUUUGAUCCACUUUAUCAUUUAUCUAAUGCAAGUUUUGAGGGGCUGGAAAACCUCGAUACCUUGUAUAUGAAAAAUGCUUCGAUAUUCUACAUCCGACCUGGUUCGUUUGAGAGCCUCAAAGUGCUCCAUUUGCUCGACCUUGAGAAUAACUUAUUCGUCAGAAAUAAUUAUCCAAGUGGUAUGGACCCUGACACGUUUUCUGGGCUAGAGAAUUUAGAAGUCCUACUUCUGGGGGGGAACGGUAUAACCUAUCUUUCGUCUGAAGGGAAUCCCCUAUUACCCCUGAAAUCUCUGAAGUAUCUCGGCUUGGAGAGGAAUAAUAUAUUUGCUAUCCCACCAACACAAUUCGAACCUCUUAUUCGUUUGAAUUCGGUUAGUCUUUCCUACAAUUCGAUUCGAUUUUGGGAUGAACCGAUUUUCAACAGCAAUGUCAAACUGGAAAGCUUGCUGUUGGAUCAUAAUGAGAUUUCCCGCAUUACUCCAGCGAUGAUGCAAGAUUUUUGGAAUUUGAAAGAGCUCACAUUGUUUUAUAAUUCUAUUAUAUGUGAUUGUUUGUAUUUCUUGAACUCCAACAAGCUUGAGAGAAACCAGUUAGAUAAUUUAGUGAGUAUCUUGAGCAAAGCAGAGGAAAGUUGCAUUAAUCCAUAUCAAAAUCAACAAGUUUAUUCUAUAGCAGAAUAUUUGAAUGCCGUUCAUAAUGGGACUAUAUUUUGUGAAACAGAAACAAACUUUGUUAAGAUGUUGCCUUUCGGAUUUUCAUUCUUGGCGCUUAUUCUGUUGAUUUUAUUUGCCUAUCAUUACAGACGAUUUUUGAAAAAUUGCUUAUUUUCAACUAAAAAAUACGUCACUGAGAAAAGUGAAAUGACACCAAAUAUCUCCAGAGCAAUCACCAAUUGAAAAUGAAAUGUUUUCAUUUUAUACAGUAUUGAGUAUUCGUUGAAAAACUUGUGAGAAAACAUAUACUUUGAAAGAAAAACAUUACACAACUUGAAUCUCAUUGGUCUGAAUUUGGAAAAACAUGUUUUUAAACGUGAUAGGUUAUUUUUUCUCAACAAUGUACUUAGUCCAAUGAAUAUAACUUAUCCCCCUCAAAAAUCAAACUAUAUUCCAAAAAUCAAAUAGCAUUGAAUUAUUACAUUCAUUUUGAAACUUGACAUGACAAAAUUUCUACAAUGAAUAUAGAACUGUAUUAGAAAUUAAUUUGGAAGGGUCAUUUUAAUAGGAGAUCUUAGUAGCAACAAAAGAAAAUAGGUGUUGAUUAUGUAUACGUAGAAUUUAAAUCAAGUUUACUACAGCUGAAAUCGCAAUAGUAUAUUAGUUACCGAGUAGGAUAAGAACCCAAUAACCCACGAGGCAAAAUUUGUAUGCACGAUGUGCAUACCGAGUGUGAUAAUUCGCGAGUGGAAGUAAUUGGCCUUAUCCUCGAGGUGCGUACUAUAGUUUUUCUACGACUGACUGUAGAAAGGAAAGGUAUAUAUGUUAUAUGAACAAUAUAUACUAUAUGAACAAUAUAGUAUAUAUUGUUCAAGAAUAUGGCUAAACUCAUUCAGUCACUCAGUCAGAACUCAAUUAAAUUAUCAAAUUCAGCUAAUUCUUCAGAAUAAACGAGAAGAACGUUUUCAAAAAACGAAGUUUUGUUUUUCUUUUCUCUCCAACUCAUAAAAUUUUCGAAAUUAUACUCGUAUUUCUCUCGUGAUUUUGCUGGCAGCAAAUCAUUCAUGGCAAUAUUUGCUUACUCGAUAAUAUCUGGUGGGGAAGCACAAAUUUCUUGAUCGUUAUCAUUCAUUUUGAAUUUUCACGAAAUACUGAAUGACAGCUCAUAAUCAAAACAAGCAGUUGUUGAUUCACGGAUAUAACUAGAUUCAUUAUCAACCCAUGAACUGUUGAACAAUAAAUUUACUGAAAGUAUGA